CCGAGCCAAGGGCAGAGGGAGGAGGGUGCGGGCUCGGGAGAUCAGAUCCAGAUCUUGUUGGUUCAGAUGACACUUUGACUCGGCAAAAAAUAAUUAAAACCGGUUCAUUGGAAGAAGCAACCCGAUGGGAGACACCCCUCCUCGCAGAGAUGAAAUUGGAUUAAUCCCCUGUCCUGAAGCAAGGUAUAACCGGAGCCCCAUAGUGCUGGUACAGAACAAACUUGGUGUGGAGAGCUGGUGCGUCAAGUUCCUUUUGCCAUAUGUCCAUAACAAGCUCCUCCACUAUAGACAAAGAAAGCAAUGGCUCAACAAAGACGAACUGAUAGAUGUCACAUGUACGCUGCUGCUGCUAAACCCAGACUUCACCACUGCAUGGAACGUCAGGAAGGAACUAAUAUUGUCUGGCACUUUAAAUCCACUUAAGGACUUACAUCUUGGAAAACUGGCAUUAACUAAGUUUCCGAAGAGUCCAGAAACAUGGAUUCAUAGACGAUGGGUGCUGCAACAAUUAAUUCAGGAAAACUCCUUGCCCACUCUUGUGAAUAAAGGGAACAUGGGAACAGUGCCUACAGAAAGAAUUCAGCGGCUAGUGCAGGAGGAAAUGGAUGUCUGCUGCGAAGCUGCUGGGAGAUAUCCAAGCAACUACAAUGCCUGGUCCCAUCGUAUCUGGGUUUUACAGCACUUGGGAAAGCUCAAUGUCAAGAUUCUUCUCAAUGAACUUUCUUCAACUAAAUAUUGGGUAUCCAUGCAUGUUUCGGACCACAGUGGAUUCCAUUACCGCCAGUUCUUAAUAAAGUCCUUGACUGGCAGAACUGUGGCUGACAAUACUGUACUGGUGCAAAAUCAACUAGUAAACCAACAAAGCUCCAGUCUCCCAAAGGAUGAAGAAAAUGAAGCAGCAGAAGCCACAUGUGCAGAAGAACAGAGAGUAGAUCUCUCCCAACUUUUAGAGGAAGAAUUGGAACUCUGCACUGAUCUUAUUGAUACCUACCCGGGGCAUGAAACAUUGUGGUGUCACAGACGGCAUGUGUUCUACCUUCAGCACCAUUUAAACAACAAACUUCUUCUUCCAAAUAUAUGGUUGACAUCGGUAGACAGCAGCGAUGGAACUCUAAAUAAUUCCCACCCCAGUACUGCAGUCAGUCAUGUAACUCAAGCCAUGGAUGUUGACGGUUUGCAUGAUUCCAACAAACAAGGCUAUACCCAAGAAACCAAACGACUAAAACGUGCCCCUACACAGGACUCUCUUGGCCUGGAAAUGGAAUACAGGUUCAUUGACAAGGUUUUAUCAACUUGUAGAGAUGUGGAGCAGGCUAGGUUUGCUACUGCAUAUAAAAAAUGGUUAGUUAAUUUUCCAAGUCAGUGAAGGAAAAGCUAAGACCUGCAGGAUUCCUCUUUUAGUGCAAUAUUCUCUUUUCAGUCACAAAUGCAUGUCAUGGUUGCAAGUGUUAGCUAGCCAUGUUUUUCUCACUUUUUUAUGGUCAGUGCUGAAAUUCAUAUGCAGAGUAAUAAUCUUUCAUUUUAUUUAUUUAAAAAACUGGCAUAUCUUUUUAUUAAGCAAACAUAGUUUGUUUUUCUUUAUUCCUUCAAAGAUUUAAGACUAUAUUUCUACUUGUGGCAGCUUCAUGUCAUGCCAUUGUUCCCCAUGAACCUUUUCUGUAUUAGUGUGGACUGUGAACAGAGGGGCUUAACAAAAAGAUUUAAAAUGAUUCUGAUCCAAAUGGAGGGUCUGGGAAACAAGUUAGUAGAUCUGUCAGCAUAAAAUUAGCUUGUUCCUAUGUUGUUCCUCUCCAACAUAGUCAAGGCUGGCAAUGACUCGUACAGAGCCAGUGGACCCAGAUUGUAUUUAGUGAGUUUUUACAUCUGAAUUAGUAACCACUAGUAAAAGAGGAGGCUGCUGUGUUUCUGCCUCCAGUGCCCCUUUUAAUUCCUCAUAAAGGCAACAUGUAUUGCUACUAUACUGGAAUUACACUUUUUGUUUUAUUUGCCUGACAGCUCUAUCACAUAAGGUCGCUAUCAAAAUCUAAGCUUAAGUCAAUGCCAAGUCUGAUGCAGGUAGAGAUGGGAAAACAAACUGUUUUUCUCUCAUGCAACAAGCGAGUAAGGUUAAAGCUGUACGUGGAAACAUUUCUGUCUUUAACAUUAUAUACUUUUAUUUAUUUAUUUAUUUUACCUCAAAAAGCCAGAGUUAAUGACACUUGAUUUACAUUUGUGAAUGUAUUGCAUUAACACUACAGAGCCCAACAAAGACUAUGCAAUCACACACACAUCAUAAAAACACAGUAUACAAGCAUUUUAAGUGAUGGAAGUAAAAAGGAAUUGUGCUAGCUGAUUUGUUAAACUAUACUAUGAAGACAGUUAGUCAGGAUUUCUUCCUUUCUGCAUUUGUGUGCAUGCCUGUACUUCUGUAUUUCUAGCUUAGGCAAGACUUCAAUUCAGUGUCUUCCGUGUCAGUCAGUGGACCUCCUUCUGCCCAACACCUCAUGUAUAUAUUGUGAUUAUACAAUUCUAAGGUAGUUUUAUCCUUGAAUUUCCUUUUGGUUAUCAGUGCAAUUAAAUAUGAAUAGUCUGUAUUGGCAUUUCUUAGAACCUCUCACCAUCUGCACCAGUGUAGUUGGACUCCUGUAACUAUGCUAGUGCAAGCCCCAUUGUAAAAAUGUUGCCCUGUUUAAAUGAAAGCUUGCCACAGGGCUGCUUUACUCCUAAAGUUCAAAAAUUUUGGAAAUUUGGGAAAGCUCCUUUACUAUGAUCUGUGCUUGUUUUCCCUGUACAAAUUCCAUCCUCAGAAUGAUCAGCUUCAUGCUCCUGUUCUUAUCAUUGAGAAAGUACAAUGAGGAGUAGAAAUGGAGGUGUGCUGCUUGAAAAGAUGUUACUCUCAGAAGUGUGAAGGGCACUGGAGCAAUGGGCAGUGGGAUUCCAGGGGUCCUAAGUCAUGUCUGGGUAGCAGUUAUUCUUGCAUGUCAAAGGGAAAAUAGACUUCCUCUGGUAUGUUUGCUUUUAGUGAUGUGGCUAAAUUUGAUGAUUUUGAGACCGGAAUGAACUAAAGAGUUAUUCAGGUCAUUCAGGAAAUAGGUAGUAGUAUUAAAACAGGGUCUCUAUCACUUGGGUAUGUUUUGGGUUGGGGUUUUUUUUAACUCUGAAGAGUUAAACUUCUAGGCCUUGGAGUUCAAAACCACUUUGUGGCUAAAAUGAGUUUGGUAAAGAUGUGUCAGAUUGUACCUUGUAUGUCUGUAGUUUGCAGAUGAGUGAGUUGAGUGACAUAUAGGUUUGAGCAUCUCCAUUGCAAAGCCUUAUUUGUGUUAGUGCCUUCUCACCGGUUCUGCAGUAUGUCUGGGGUUUGGGAUGUCUGUGUGUGUCUGGGGUUUUAUUUCAUGGUUCUUGGUGCUGAGAUACUCUAGGAUUCUUUCCUAGUCAGUUGUAUCAAUUUUAGAAGAACUUGUUUGGCUUUGGGGCAGAAGCGGGGGAUUGUGGUUGGGGCUUUGGAGGACCAUCAAAACUCAAAAGAUUUUGCUGUUUUCUUCACUGUUAAGUACUGUAUUUGCUUUUUUUCCAAAAUGAGGUUUAUUUUCCCAUUCAACAUGGGGGAAAUGAAGUCUCAUCAUAGAAUUGAGUAUGGGACCACUCCAGCCAGCAGCUGCAGCAAGCAGUGAUGUCCUCAGCUGAUCCAGGUACAGGUGAAGCUGCUGCUCCAUCGUGCUGCAAGGAGCAGCUGUGCAGGGAACCUGGCUCUGCCAGGGACAUGAGCAGCGGCUCAUACGUUCCUCCUUCCAGCACUUGUUCCAUGCCCGGCUCCACUUUUUUACCCCCUCCCACUCCCACCACUUCACGUCCUCCACUGGUGAGGCGUAGUCACUGGAAGGAGGAACCUGCACUCUCCUACUGUUGUCUCUGGCUAUCUGAUGCAGGCUAUCUCUAGAGCUGCUCCUGCUUCUUGCAGCAGGGAGCAGCUUUGUGGGGAGCCCAGCUCAGCUGGGGACAGCAGCAACGGUGCACAGGUUUCUUCUUUUAGUGCUUGCUCCCAGGCAGAGGGGGGAGGGCAAGCACUGGGAAAGGACAGGUGGUGGGGUGACAUAUACUAGGGCAGAUAAGUGCGGGGAGGUAAGUGGUAGAGGGAGCACUUGUCCCCACCCUGGUAUCCUCCCUACCACCUCCCCUGCCAUUGUUUUCCUGCCCCUUCCCGCUAUUUUUUCUGCUGCAGCAGUGUGGGGGACCCUCCAACAAUUAGAUUCUAGACAUGGAAAAAUUAUAACAAAUUUAUAAUUUUCCAUGUCUAAAAUCUAAUUAUUGGCAGGGGGUCAUCUUAAAGUCAAAGUCAUCUUGGAUUCAUGUAAAUAUGGUAGCUGAGUUUCAGCCUGAGCUUAAUAGAAGUUAGGGCUAUAACUGAUGCCUCAGCUGAGUAAACUAGUCCAAAUGUAAAGUGUUAACCCCAGGUCAGAUGGUUCUCUGUGCGAUGGCAGGUGAGGCUAGGAUGAAACCUGAGUAGAAGCCUGGGUUCAGAACAUGUAGGUGAUAAGUGCCUACCCAGAAAGUACGCAGGCAUUUGGCUGUAUGUUUGUCAGAGACUGUUUUAUCUGUGCUAAAAGAAUUUACUUUUAGAGUUAAGGCAGCAUCUUAAUUUUGUCUUCUCCACUUUUACUCUGUGUGGGUUAUAGAUACAAUGGAAGGGUAUUGGAGAAGGGAGCAGACUGAGGAGAAUUUGUGCCUUGUGGGACAAAUAAAACCCCAUCAUUUGAGGCAGAGAGGAAGAAAGACAAUACUCUCUGUACUUGUACUGUAGUGACUGGAUUCUGUAGAAGGAAUUUCAAGGAUGGCAGUGGAACCUGACUUAAAAUCCAUUAUAAUAAAUAUCAGUUAGACUUUUUAAACUCUCAGUCAGCCUUCCUAGAGCUAUGUAGUAGAAAUAGCCUGAUAUUGAAUUUGACAAUCAUUCUGUCAUAAACAUUUAAGGUCAAACCCUGCCUUCAAAGUUGUGUACAAUUCUCAUUGAUGUCAGUGUGAAUUAUGCAUGCCUGUAUGAAGACAGGAUUUGGUCUUGUAUAGUCAAGUAGUAUUACAAUGCAUUUAAAGUAUUCCAGUAGUUCUCAGAAUAAAGGUGAGGUAUGGUUUUUUAAAAUCAUUUUACAGAAGUGCUGCCAACUGAAAUGUUACCCAAAUUGUAGAUUUUUUUUUCAAUACUGCUUCUCCACCCCCCAAAAAAAUGUCUGAUGGAGAUAUUUUCAUGAUUUUUUAAAUCUCCAGUAGAAGCAACUGCAUUAAAAUUGUCCUCCUUUGUUUGUGGUGCUGAAAACCCAACCAUAAAAAAGAUUUAAAUCUAAGUGAAGCUGAUGAUAAUAAGUUACACUUUCCCAGCUGAAGAAAAUCUAAACGGUGAACUAACAGUAUCCAUAUUUGAAACCUAAGCACAGUUUUCUCACUUUGAAAAUAGUGAAAAAAAAAUACAUUUUCUUAAAAAUAUUAUUUUCAAGCUGUCUGGGUCCUUUAACCUUUAUAUGAACUGAUUAUUGUAAUUUGGGGGGAAUAUAUUUUAAAACUGAGAAUUUUGCAGUGUCCUGCAUGUGAACUUUUACAGCUGAGACCAACUAAUCAGUCAAAUUAAAAUUUCUUAUAAAUUCUAAUGGAGAGAGGGGGAAUUACAGCAUAAUAAAAUUUUUUAGACGUCAGGUCAUUGGCAUUUAAUAUAUGCAUCAUUUCCUGAGCUCAGCUUCUCAAUGUUAAGUAACAUAUAUUGGCCAAUUAGUAUGUCAGAGGGCAGCAUAUCUUUAACUUUUAAUGUCAAUGAGUUAUGCUAGGUGACUGUAACUAGGCAGCACCAAAUACUUAUUCUGGAUAUAAAUUUGGGCUUUGACUAUCAAUAAACUGUUUGAGUCCUUUUUAUGGUUAAGUACUUGUGCUAAUUCUAUCCUUUGCUAUACCAUUUAUCAUUUACAUUGGUGAAAACUUUUAUUGUGCACUAAAUCAGUCUUAUAGCAAUAUCUUUGCACUAGAAAUUAAGGAAGGCUUUGAAGAAUGAAUGUCACUUGGAACUUCAGAAGUGAGAACACAGUUAAACAAUCAGGUGAAAGUGGACAGUCUCAUUUCUAAACAUGUAUUAUUUACUGUAAUGUGCAUUGACUGGUGUUAUGUUGGCAUUUGAUAUUUUAUCUCAUGGGCUGUAGUUGCUGGAACAAAACUUGCAGUAGCACCAAACCUGGUGACAGCAAUGAACUCUUGUAGAAAUUUAACAUUGGAACAGGUCAUGUUUUUAUGUACGUGUGUGUUAACAUACCCAUGCCUGCUUAUUACAAUAUUUGGUUGACCGCUUACGCAUUCUUUAUAAAAUCUUGUUAUUGUUUAAAUAUGCAGAAAAUAUACUUGUCAGUUUAUUGCUAAUAGCUUAGUUACCUUAUGUAGCACUGGUUUAAAAGCAAAUAGGUAUAGUGAAGAAUUAAUAUAGUAAAGUUGGGAUUCCAUUUUACAACUGAAAUUUGCUUAAGUGUUUCACUUUGUUUUAGUGUUACAUUAUGUAUAAUUAGUAAUUUAUGUAAAGCAGUGACUUUGUUACUCUUCAGCUUGAAGUAUUUAAUUGUUUUUAAACUGUACUGUAUAGUCUGGACAAACAAAUCAAAGUGUCUUGGAGGGGCUUGUCUACAUAGCCAGACUUAACAAACAAAUGUCUUAAAAAUAGGUACUUAAAAAAAACCCAUAAUUAAGCAACCACAAGAGAAUUUAACAAUCAGUUUACCAAUAUUUCAUGAUCAAAAUUCCAAACAAAGGUUGUGUAUGGCUUUGCUCUUGCCUGUAGUGCUAUUUCCACAUGAUCAAAGUGUUACUCAUCUUUUUGGGUUUUUUCUACGCCAAUGUAAAAUAAUACAAUUGUCAGACUGUCUUCAACAGAGCUGUUGAGAUUAACAGAGUGAAAGGUAAAUGUGACUUUUCCAUAUUCCCAUGUUUGACAUUUACUUACAACUAAGUCUUUUAGUUUUAUAUCAAAUGCAAAGAGGAAGAAUAAUUGCCAUUCUCAGAAGGACAUAAAAUGCAGUUUAGUUGCAAAAUAAGAUCAGCCUACUUCUCAAAAACAUGGUUCUUGUCUUUCCUAUUACAUUCAAAGAGUGUUUCAUUCUGAACUGCUUUCCCCCACCAGUGAACAUCGAAAAACUAUGGGGAGGUGGCCUCAUAUAAUGUAAGGGUAAUGUCGACUACCUCCCAAAAAAUGCUCUGAUAAUGUCCUUAAAUGGAGAUCAUCAGGCUUAUUUUAUUCUGAUCCUCAGGCUAGAUCUAGACCCUCAUUUCAGAGGUGAAAAGCAAGAGCUUUAUGUGUUAAGCCAUCUAGUUUCCCCUCAAGAGUUUAAACAAAUGGAGGAAAUAUUAAGUAGUGUUUAAAGUUGGGAAAAAACAUAAUUUGUAAAGGCUCUCAUCAACCAUUGCCUCUGACAAAGCAUUAUUUUGCUGUCAAACAGAGGAAACCAGUGCUUCCAGGAAAAUUCCUUGUAGUCAGUUUAUGCUUUCAAAAUAUUACUGUGGUCACUAAUUAUAAACCUGACACUUCCUUGUGGCUUUUACUUAGUGUGCAGUGUAACUUCUCAGGGCAUAGAUUAUCUUAGAAAACUAGGGUACAUUUUUACAGUUUAUAAUCAUUGGUAAAAAUGCAUAAAUGCUAAAUGUAUAAUAAGUGGCUCUUAAUAUUUUUAGUCUAGAACAGUAUUUUAUAUAGCCCGUAGCUAAUACUGUAGCUAGUUGCCUGCUUUAGGCCUGCCCUUCUCACCUGCCUGUAUUUUAAAACAUAUUAGUGAUUUCAUCAAGAAACUAUGGGCCAGAUCUUGAAAGCUGCUGGAU